AUGCCGCAGGUGCGGCUAGCGCAGCAGAAGUGGCAAGAUGCUGUGUCUUUUCUCCUAUCUGCGCAGAAGCGGAAGAUGCUGCCCACACUGGCCACCUAUACCUCGGUGAUGUCUGCAUGUUCCAAGCAGUUCCAAUGGCAGCUGGCAGCAUCGUUGAUGGCGGAGUUGCGAGGUCGCGCCCUGCGGCCAGACGCGCUAGCGCAGAAUGCCGAGCUUUGGGCUCUCGCCAAGGGUCUCCAGUGGCGCACGGCGUUGCAUCGCUGGAGGACUGCACCAAAGAACACCUCCGCCUUUGCCGCCUUGAUGGACUGUUUCGCCAAGGGAAGUCGAUGGCAAGACGCCUUCCAGCUGGCCUUUCACAUGGAAGAGCAGGGCCUGAAAGGCAACCUCAUUACCUUCAACUUGCUUCUGAAUGCGUGUGAGCGAUCCUCCCAGUGGCUCCGCGGACUGCAACUUUACCAGCAGAUGAGGCGUCGCGAUCUCCGCGACGUGGUGAGCGUCAACAGUUCCUUGGGCGCGCUGGUCUCAGCGACGCAGUGGCGAAGGGCCCUGCAGCUCUGGGAGGAAGCGGAGACGGCGGAGACGGAGCCGACUGAGGUCACGAUGAACACUCUCCUAAUGGCCUACUCCUCUGCGUUGCAGUGGCAGAUGGCACUCCAGUGCUGGCAAGGCUUUGGCCUCGCAUCAUCCGAAGCCACCUUUGGCGUGUUGAUGGAUGCCAUGGGAGCGCCAGGAGUGGACUGGCGCUUUUCGCUUGAACUUUUGAACGAGAGCGGAAGAAGGUCCCGAAACGUGGUCACCUACACGUCUGCCAUGAAGGUUUUGUCACGCGCACAGCAGUGGGAGAAGGCACUGAAGCUCUUCGAGGAGAUGCAAGACAUGGAGGUACCACCAAACGCUCUCACUGUGGAUGUGGCGAUGGCAGCUGCGAGAUCAACGCAGAAUUGGCAGAAGGCAUUGCAGUUGCUGAAUUCGUUGGCCUCUCGCAGUGGCUUGGGAUGUGGAGCACUUCGUGAGAUGAGAGAGGUCAUGGAAGACAAUGCCAAGAGGAAAGAAGUCGAGGCAACUCAGAAAGCCCUCUCAAAAGAUUUGGGACGACUCCUAAGUGAUCCCUUCGCUGGAGAGGAACAACCUCUUUGCGCUGUUAGUCAGUUUUUGGAGGACCUCUCCCUGUCACAGCCCCUUCUGCAUCGCCGUGUGCUGCUACCCCUCACCACGGCCCGGGGUGAGCUGAAGAAGAUCCAAAUGGCCUCUUUCGUCAGCCCUUUGGGCGCGCCGCUGGGCCCUGAAGUCGGAAGCGCUUGCCGCGACGCCAUGGCGUGCGAACUUUGGGACACGAGUGUGGCAGGCUGGGCCUCUGACUAUGCCAUCACAUUGGCGUGCAUCGUUGCUGGAGCAGUGGCCCCCUUGCAAAGAAGUGCUAGCAAGGAGGUGCUGUUCUUAACCCUGAUAAUCACCACGGGAUUGAGCUUCGGCAUUUCUGGCUUCGCUCAUAUGAUGCUCUUCUUUGUGCAGGAAUCUGGCGAGGUCUGUGGUUCGGCAUUUUCUGAAGAGAACAGUGGAUGGAUGUACGCCUGGCUCCUGGGUCUGAUUCCAGCAGCUUUCUCACCGGCUGCGUUGGCCAGUAUGGCGGCCAGAGGGGCUCGAUUUGACUUCGGAUGGAUCAUUGUGGUGAGUGUCAUCCUCCUGGCUGUCAUCGUUACGAUCGUGGAAGUGGCGCUCUUCUUUUCCCGACUGGAAGUCUCAGGUUUGGUUGUUGGCACGUGGUUCGUGGCAGCCUCCGGCUUUGCUCUGGUGCUGUUUCUGGUGGAUGGUCUUCGCAACAGCUUCUCUCCGGCCGUGGUGUAUGGAAUUCUGAGCGCAACUAUGUAUAUGUUCGGAGCCUUGUCCCUUCUUCUCCUCGCUGGAGCACUCCCAGAUGCCUUCAACGCCAACGCAGUAUUUCACGUCUUGGUCUUUUUGAUGGUCGUCUUUGCGUUCCUUUACCGUCAGCAAGCAGCGCCAGCAACGUCCAAAUUUGAGAUGCAAGAGGCGCCUACCAGCCAGAAAGCGGAGGAAGGGGCUGCUCCCACCAGCCUCUGAAAGCGCUGAACAGGAGGUAGUUGCCCGAAGCAAUGCGCAAGGAUAAGUGAUCGGGAGAGAAACCCGUGCCCCUGUGCCAUUGGUCAUCGGGCGAUAAAACCUUGUUUGGCUUCGUUUUGGUGCCGAGCUUUUUGUUCGUGCACAAUUUUGCUUUAAUUUGCCUACGGCACUGCAACUUUUAGCCGCUGUUGUAAAGAAGCAUGGAGAUCAUUUGCUGGACAUACCACGGUUGCACAGAUGCGUUCGUGGUCUUUCGGCCUGCCAAAACGUUGCCGUUUCGCCUGCUACCGGAAUCUUUUUAUGACAAUAAUUUUGUUGAGAAGUUGCUAUUGCAUUGUGG